CCAGACAGGUGGGCAGGCAGAGCAAGCUCUUGCACAGACUAUGUGGAGACUCAACUUUUAAGUCUGAGCGCGCGUCGUUUGCACACAGGGGCGAUCGAUGAUUCGCGUAAGGCGCACUUAGACACAAAAGAUGCGCUCGACGCGCUCACACCAGGCUUGGCCACCGAGCGCGGCACGCUCCAUCGUAUUUCCAAGAACAGUGUGAAAAAGCUCUAAAUCGUCAGGCGUCGGCGUACAACAUGGUUUCCGGGAUACAUUACUUAUCUCAUACACUGCAAUAAUGAUAAGAAUGGAAUUGCAUCAAAAAAGAACAGUGAUCCAGAUUUAAACCACACGGGAAAUACCCUGGGAGCAUCUCUUGACCUAAAUAUUUAUCAAAAUGGCGGAUUCAACAAGACACCUAUCAAUAUUGACAGUUGGGCUUUUGAUUCAAUUCUCCCAUCAGUACGGCUUUAAAAAUUGCAUUGGAGAUCAAUACUCAAAUAAUCUGACAUUCACUUGCAGUCAACGAGCCGAAAAGCUCAUAUCUUUAAUUGUGGGUGACCUGCCAGCAUCUGCCAUAAACAUCACCAUUGGAAAUAAUAGCGUCUCGCACAUACCCACAGAGAGCUUUAUACGUUUUUUCAAAUUGGAAAACCUUUGUAUAGACAGUAACAAUUUGAAGUUCAUUGACGGGCUUGCUUUCGGGGGGAUGCAUCAACUCAGGACUCUCAGCUUGUCCUUCAACCUCCUAUCAAAACUCAACUGCUCUGUUUUUCAGGACCUUCACAACCUCAAUUAUCUCUCGCUGGAACACAACCUCUUGGAAGACCUCCCCCAGAGCCUCUUCACUUCCACCCCUCAGUUGAACACCUUGAUCUUACGAAAUAACAGUCUGCAUAACUUCUCUGUCGUCGUGCGAUCCGUUUCUUCCCUAAGUCAACUGAAGACGCUAGAUCUUGGCUUUAACUUUUUGACAACCCUCUCUCAUUUAAACAGCUCAUUGCCUAAGAGCCUGACGGAAUUGUUUGUAUGUGGAAAUAAGUUGUUAUCAUUGGCUUGCCCUGAUUCAUUUCUAACGAACAUCAGACUAUUAGAUUUAUCAAAGAACGUGGAACUAUCAACUACUGCUUUCAAAGGAGUCGACCUAGCGCAGAUUCGCUAUUUACAGAUGGGUUCAACAAAAGUUAAAAUAUUUGAAUUUUUCAAAUUGACCAACGUUGAUGCUACUUAUGUUGACUUCUCUGACAUGGGCUUAACCAAUCCAAGUCAGAUCAAUAAGCUAUGCACGUUUUUCAGGAAAAGUAAUCACACGAUCCACAUGACUCUGAAAUCGAAUAGAUUUAAUAUGUUACCAAAUACUUCAUUAACCAACUGCCCUCAAAUCACAGGAACAUUCGACAUCUCCUCAAACAAUCUGAAACAGGUCAAAUGUCUCGAGUUUCUUGAAGGACAGAAACACAUAAAAAGGUUCGAAAUAGAGCACAACCACAUCAACCAACUGUUGUCCUGCAAGGGUACAAAAUAUAAGCUUCCCCUCACACAGUUGAGCUUUCGUUACAAUCGCAUCCUCUCAGUCGACUCUGACGCCUUUGCUCACACACCAAAUCUCACAAUUUUAAACCUCAACAUAAACAGCAUAGCUAUUCUUAAUUUCGGAGCACUCAGAGGGCUACCCAAGCUCCAGAUACUCCGUCUGGACAACAACCUCUUGACUGAGUUGUGGAGCAGCAUCUUCGAGGGCUUAAGUAGCCUUGAAACCUUGAAUCUUCGCAACAACCGCAUCGCUGUGAUUUUCUAUGGCAGAUUCCAAGAUCUUGGUCGGCUGACUAUCUUGGACCUGGGCGGGAAUAAAAUCUCCCAUAUUUAUGAAGGUGGCCUCAAGGGAUUGAAACGUCUAAGAAACCUCUACUUGGAUGGAAACAACCUUAAACAAAUAGAUAGCAUUGAGUUCGCUCCGUUCCAAAAUACCCUGGAAGUGUUGGAUCUACUUAAGAACCGGAUUCGUUUCACUCAUGAAAUUUUCGUUUCUCCUUUUGUGAAUCUCAGCAGUCUCAGGGAUCUUAAGCUGGAUGGACAACAGCCCUUCGGUAUAAGCCGGCUGCCUCAUGGCUUUUUCCGAGGUCUUCACUCCCUGAGAAAUCUGUACCUUACCAACAACCGCAUCGAUCACCUCGCUUCUGACACCUUUGACGAUCUGACAGGCCUGGCUUAUCUAACGCUAGAUAACUCGUGCAAUGGCUUGGUAAAUCUCGAGCCGGGGAGCUUCAAAAACCUGAGGAAUUUGAAGAGGCUGAGUCUGCAAAAUAUGGGCCUUCAGAAUUUGUCCAAAGAGGUUUUUCGAAAUCUUUCCAAACUAAAAGGCUUAUAUCUCACCCAUAACGUGAUGCAGCACAUUGAUGUGGAGGUUCUGGACAGCCUCGGAAGCCUCAGCUACCUUGACAUAAGAAAGAUUCCACUCAGCUGUUCAUGCCAAAACCUACAACUGCAAAACUGGACACUUAAUAACCAUAAAGUGCAAUUGAUAUAUUUGCAUAGCCUGCGAUGCAAAGAGAGCAUUGGUAAUUUUUUCUUCAAUUUUGACACAAACGUUUGUUUUGUAGACCUUGGACAGUAUAUGUUUUUCUUUACGGCUGCUGUUAUUUUUGUUUCCAUUGUAGUUCCUCUAUUACAUGUCAAGCUAUAUUGGAAAAUUAAAUAUGGCUAUUAUGUGUUCCUUGCCUGGUUCAGCGGACAGUGGCGCAAACUGAGGGAAGACGAGGAAAACUGUGAAUACGACGCAUUCAUCUCCUAUAAUUUCAACAACGAAGCCUGGGUUCUAGAGCAGCUGCUCCCAAACUUGGAGGGAAACGGCUCCUCGUUCAAACUUUGCCUUCAUCACCGGGACUUUGAACCGGGACGCAACAUAGUGGACAACAUCGUGUCCGCUGUGUAUGGCAGCCGCAAGACGCUUUGUGUUGUGAGCCGGAACUUUCUGCAGAGUGAGUGGUGUUCACUGGAGAUCCAGCUGGCCAGCUACCGGCUCUUUGACGAGCAUCGGGACGUUCUGCUGCUGGUGUUCCUGGAGCAUAUCCCAGAGAGGGAGCUUUCCUCCUACCACCGCAUGAGGAAGGUCAUGUUGAGGAAGACCUAUUUGCAGUGGCCCGGCUCAGAGUGCAUCGACCCGGCCAUGGCCCAACUGCUCUUCUGGAAACAGCUCCGGAGGGCUCUGAGGACAGGAAGUAGAAUGGAGGAUGAGGACGCAGCAGGGGAAAAGAACAGCUCUGGGACUGCAGAAGGAGACCAAACUGACUCUGCAGUAAAUCCUACCGCUGAGGAAAUCUAUCAAUGAAUAUAUGUUUAAUUAUCUGAGACAGUUUAAUCAUAUCGUUGAUGAUUGUUAUAUUUUUAUUUGCAUCUGUUGCCAAAGGUGUUUGUAGACGAUUGGAAUUUUAUUCUGGUUUCUAAAUGUGUAUUACCGACAGCUCAUGUUUUUUUUGUAUUUUCUUUAAAUAGGAUCACUGUGUUGUUUUUGUCAAGCCCCUAGGAGCAUUGCAUAGCCUACUUCCGCAAUCCACCAGUGCUAAGCGGCCAUGCCUGGUAUUGCACCCGUUUUAGCGGGCUGUGGACGGGUCCCUCAAUUCAUGGAGUCCCAGAAGUAGACAUCGUCGUUCACUCCAAUACAAGUGGGGAACAGGAAUGUGUCCCCGCAAAAAAUGUCUGGAUAUCAAUCAAAGGCUCAUAAUUAUAUUUAUAGCAUGUUCUAAACAAAUGUAAGUUUUCUCUUUUCAAAACGCCUCCUCAAGCGUUUUAUUAGCCGUUUUAUGUGUAUAUUUUUUGCUGGGGAUGGAGGGGUGGGCAGCUGAAAGGAGUCGUAGUGAAACAAACGGCUCAGUGCCAUGGACCUAUUAAAGAAGUGCACGGCUCCAUUUACUUUUCUUGUUCAAGGUUUUUCCUUUCAUGAAUGGCGUUGAACACGGAUAUACAAGACACAAAUAUCUUUGAAAAAGCAGGAACAGGCACGGACAUAUUGAUUACCUGAAUGAUUAUGGGAGACCUACGUAAUUCUCAUAAUAUGGUUAAUAGUCUAAUAUUAACAUUUCAGUUGCGUUGGUAUUUCAUUUUCAUUUGCUUCUAUGUAUGACAGUUAACAAUGUUGGUGUAUUACAAUUCAUAUAGCUAGCCUACUCCAACUUCGUUGCUGGUCGAUAUGUAACCAUUGACUUUUCUAUAAAUUAUUGAUUGCAUUUUUCAUAAGUUGGAAGGAAUCUGUUUCUUAAGCAAUAACAUUGAACUGUAUUUUUCUAGGCCUACAUACGUUUACUACGUUGUUUGUGUUAUGGAGCAAUCUUGCAUAUUUAUGAAGAUCAAUAAAGUUCUAUCUCUUUUUAUUUGAA